AUGGAUCCCAAUCAGCCCGGUGGGGGAGGGUCCAACAACUCGAGCGAUUUUGUGCGCAAGCUGUACAAAAUGCUGGAAAACCCGAGCGACGAGAGCGUAGUACGAUGGGGGAAUGACGGCGAUAGUUUCGUCGUGUUAGAAAACGAAAAGUUUACAAAACACAUACUGCCCAAGCACUUCAAACACAGCAACUUUGCUAGUUUCGUCCGACAGCUGAACAAGUACGAUUUCCACAAAGUUCGUCAUAACAACGAAGAGAAUGGGCAAUCGCCCUACGGGCCGGGGGCCUGGGAAUUCAAGCACCCAGACUUCAAGAUGAACAACAAAGAUGCCCUGGAUAACAUUCGUCGAAAGGCUCCCGCGCCGCGAAAACCUAACCAAGCCGCCGCCGAAGAGUUCGCGCCCUCGCAACAGAUGGACAUGGUUAGUGGACAAUUGAUGGCCACGCAAGCUCAACUACAUGCCCUUGAGGGUCGCUAUAGCGAACUGAGCAUUCAUCACUCAAUGCUCCUGCAGGAAGUUAUUGGGCUACAAAAGACGGUUGUCAACCACGAGCAUGUUAUGCAGCAGAUUAUGACUUUCUUGCACGGCGUCGACGCGACCCAGAGGAGAAACAGCAAACUCAUAUUCCCCAAUGGCGCCGACUCGCAGAAUGGCGCCAUGGAGCCUACCCCGGCCAAUGACGACGACAACCCGGCUUCGCCUUUGCAGCACGCUUCUAAGCUUCUUAGCGAAACAAAUGCGGAUGCCAUGUUGAACCCCCGGAACUUGGAGCACAUGAACGAGAUCACCAUGCGGAUGAACGGCACCUUGACAACACCACCACCAGAUUUUGCGCGAGCAGCAGCGCGACCGACGAGCCGCGGCCCGCCAUCGGCGACUUCCACCAAUUCAAUGCGUCUGGAAAACAUUGAUAACCUCGUUUAUCCAGUCGGCUCCAACAACGGCAUCGACCCCAUGUACAGCGAGCACAUCAACAACAUCCCGUAUGCGGCUCCACCCAAAGCGGUCGAAGCUAGCGAGCCCAGGAUACCAGAACCGAGAAAGAAGAACGCCAUUCCAGACCCAGGAUGGAUUCGACCACCCCAGAUCUUGCUUGUUGAAGACGAUCCCACCUGUCGUCGAAUCGGAAGCAAGUUCUUGUAUGCUUUCCAUUGCUCCAUCGAUAGUGCUCUCGAUGGUUUGGAAGCGGUCAACAAAAUGAACGCUGGCUCCAAGUACGACUUGGUUUUGAUGGAUAUCAUUAUGCCCAACCUUGACGGUGUGUCAGCAUGCCAUUUGAUUCGGCAGUUCGACACAACUCCUAUUGUUGCUAUGACCUCCAACAUCCGAAGUGACGACAUUUCAAUGUAUUUCCAACAUGGCAUGAAUGACGUUCUUCCCAAGCCCUUUACUAAAGAAGGUCUCUUGCACAUGCUAGAGAAGCAUCUUGUACAUCUCAAAAAACCGAUGGCUCAAGCUGACGGGACCAUGGUGGCACCUCAGCCUGUGCAAAUCGCACGCCAGUUGGUCCUCAAAGAGGAAGAUUCUCCGGCCAAAUCCCCACAGACUGUCAGCAACUGGAAUUCACCCAGCCAAAUGCCGGGCGUCUCUCCAGUCGGUAGUACGGUUCCGGAUGACUUUGCGCAGGCAAUGCGAGGCCAACCAGUGCAGCACCCAAGUCCGUACGGGGUCAGUUCCAUGCAUGCGAAUAUGGGAUACAGCACAUCGCCACACAUGCAGAUGCCACCACAGCAACAACCACAUCGUCGUCAAGUCUCUGAGAUAUCCGGGGGUGAUGAGAUGAACAACCCAUCCAAGCGUCAACAAAUGUACCCCCCGCAAAUGCAGCAGCAGCAGCAGCAGAUGGGUUCUAUGCAACCGCGCCCACGUUGA